AAACGUGAAUGCAGCAAGACGAGGGAGACAGAGUGACUCUUCAUUCUUUCGAAUGCAACAACAUCAUGGAAGCUUUGGCACAAGUGCUUUCAUGUCCCGUGUGUUUAGAGUUUUUCACACCCCCAGUGCUGGUCUUGUCCUGUUCUCAUAAUUUCUGCAGGAAAUGUCUGGAAAAGAUCCUUAUUCGCCAGAACUGCAGUCAUGUCAAUGGGCAGUUCUCCUGCCCUAUGUGCAGGAAAAUCAUACACUUGAGAGGGAGAGGAAUUAUUGGGCUGCCGAGAAAUAUUCUGGUGGAGAACAUUCUGGAAAAAUUUAAGUACGAGCUUGGAAAUUUACAGACCAAAGAACAAGACCAGUUGUCCCAAAUAUGUGAAGAACAUGGGGAAAGUAUGAAUUUGGUGUGUCUAACAGAUGACAAACCCAUUUGUGCCAUUUGCAAACUUUUUGGAGACCAUGAGCCUCACACGGUAGCUAAACUAUCCGAAGUUUAUGCAGAGCGGAAAGAAAGAUUUGUCAAAGACUUGGAUUGGGUGUGCAAACAAUCAGAAUGUGCUGAACAAGCAAGAAAGUGUUACCUCGCAUUACGACCCCCUCGAUGCGUUCCAAUGGGCUGGAAACUCACCGUGCAGUUCCUAUUCACUCAUCAGACUAAUCACUCCUCAGAUUCCCCAACUAUCACUCUCUAA